UCGUCUCAACUCCAAUAUGUGUUUCUUCUCCCAAUUACAGAUGGCAAUCAGGAUAACUCUGACAAUAACACCAUCUUUGUCCAAGGUCUCAGUGAAGACGUCACCACUGAGGAAGUGGGUGACUACUUCAAACAAAUUGGAAUCAUUAAGGUCAAUAAGAAGACCGGCAGUCUUAUGAUCAAUCUGUACACUGAUAAAGCCACCGGACGACUGAAGGGUGAAGCCACAGUGUCCUUUGACGAUCCUCCCUCAGCCAAAGCUGCCAUUGACUGGUUUGAUGGAAAAGAGUUCAAAGGAAAAGCCAUCAAGGUGUCGUUUGCUACCAGAAGAGCUGAAUUCACCCAGAGAGGUGGAGGAGGAGGGGGAGGUGGAGGAGGAGGACGAGGAGGAGGACGCGGUGGUGGUUUUCGAGGCAGAGGUAGCUUUGGUGGAGGUCCCUCGUUUGAUGUCAAGGGUGGAGACUGGCCUUGUCCCAACAGCUCUUGUGGCAACAUGAACUUCGCUAGAAGAUACGAAUGCAACAGGUGUGGAACGGCAAAGCCAGAAGGUGAUAGCUGUGGAGAUGGUAAGUGUGACGCUUGUACAUGAGCUGAAACGAUUGACCAAUAGAGGGAGCAGUUUAAGGAAGCUUGUUUCCACCAUGGAUAGUUUUAAAAAAAUUUUUUUUUUUAUUCCUCUCAAUUGUGUUUCUCGCAAUUGUGGAGAAAAAAAGACUGAAUUGUGUGAGAAACUCAAUACUGCAAGAAUAAACACAAUUGCAAGAAACUCAAAUGCAAUUGUUUUUUGUACAGCACACACACAGUUGUGAGAUGAAAAAAAUCUGA